AUGAUCUCAAAAGCGGCAGUUUUGUUGGCACUGCGCUUUUUGGGCGUUGUAUUUCUGUAUACAGUAUGUAUCGCUUCACUGAAGCAGCAUGAAAUUGGUAGCUCUACUAUUAUAGAAACAAAUUCGCAAGAGUUAAGCCACACCAAGCCAUACCAAUUCACCUCCAAGAAGGCUUUCUUCACUUUGAAGAUGGUCGCAGACUCGCCUAUAUACUUCUUCCAUCGGUACAUAGAACGUGCGAGGGAGGAGGGAUUCCAGGUGAUAUACUACGAAGACUUGGCGCUUUCAGAUACCAUCCCAAAGGAGGUUACACAUGUGUUGUUGUACAUGGUACCUGCAUACUUUAUCGAGUUCUGGAGAGAUGCAGCGGAACACAACGCAAUAAAGGUAAUGAUAUCUGAGGAUUUAAACUUUGACUCGGCUAUUAGACCGGCGAGAGAUGCACAGGCAUGGGUCGACUUGAACCUUCCACGAUAUCCGGAAGCCCUCACAAACUUUGUCUUCAACCACACCCAAACGAAACCCUGCUACAAUUACUACCAAACCGCCGCAGAUGUGUUCUAUACACGAAACACGGGAGGUAUAGUGAAACACUUUAAUCAGAAAUGGAACAGGGUGCUUGUCUCCGGUGCCUCAGGUGUAGAGUGGUACCCUUUGAGAGCGAAGGCGGUAGAGCUGAUAGCAGACCAAUCCGAUGUAUUUGAGAGGCGUGAGCAUAUGGGCUACAUAGGAGGGCAUGCACGCGAACAAGCAUCAGCAUAUGCAGAUCACAUCGGCAAGUAUAAGUUGGCUCUGGGUGGCACCUGUCCUCAGGACAAAGACCGGCCCUACUUGCUGGCCAAGACAUUCGAGAUCAUGGCCAGUGGAACAGCCCUGAUUAUGGAUGAGUAUAUGGAGCCGUAUUUGCACAAGAUUGGGAUGCUUGCGAAUGUGCACUACAUCUCAGCGACUGUGGCCACACUGGAUGCUGUUGGUAGGCGGUGGUUACUGGCUGAUAUGCAGGAGCAGUUGCUGAAUAUAACGUUAAAUGGGCACGAGUUCGCAUCCUCCCACAUGCGACUUGAUGACCAAUUGGACACGCUGUUUAAACUGACAGAUAUCUUGAGUGACCAAAAGAAGGAUGGAACAUUGGGAGAGGUUCUAAAACCAGUGGCUCCUAGUGCACUUUACCCCAAUAUGCUGCCCAGUGCGUGUGUGGAUAUUCCGAGCCUAGACUAUUUUGAAAAAUCAUGAUUACCUACUCCUGGAUUGUACUACAAUUCGCCACUUUACUUGCUGCUGAGUGAGAAAGAUUGGGAAGUUCCACGUACGCACCAGUUUUAUGUCUGUGUGGGACAUGUACUGGCGACCGAUAGAUUACACACUCCUAUUUAUUUUAAACACAAAUAAAUGAAUAGACGCUCUC